CAUGGCGGCGCCCAGCGGUGCGACCCGCCGUGGGGACAGCGGGACUCGGCCGUGACCCCCGACACCGCGGCCACCGCCGGCCACAUGAGGCUGAACUGGGUCCGGGCGCUGCCCCGGAGCCUCUGGGGCAGCCCCGGAGUUCCAGAGCUCUGUCGGAGCUUGUGCCAGCGCCCAGCGCGUGCCCCCACUGAGGGGGGUGACACCGCGAGGACCCCAAGACCUGGCAGGCCCCAGCAGUGCCACCCCGCAGAGGGUGACGCCUCAAGGGGUGACACUACAAGAGGCGCCACCUCGGGAACCUCCACGUGGCAUCGUCACUUCCACGAGAUACGGGACGAGGAGGAUGGCCCGCAGCCUUGGGACCACCCCCGUGGGCCUCUGAGGGGUGACAGCUCAGGGGGUGACAGCUCAGGGGGUGACACCUCAAGGGGUGACACCUCAAGGGGUGACACCUCCAAAGCCCCAUUGCGACGCCUCCGCUCACACAAGACUCAGCACGACGACUCCCACCAGGACCCCCACGAUGGGGACACCGGGGACACCGGAGCCCCCCGGCGCGGCCCCGAGGCGUUCGAGGCGGCUCUGCGGGACAUGGAGCGGUCACCCCCGGCCCGCGGGGGCCGCCUGGCGCUGGUGGAGGCGGCCUUGGCGGCCAUGCCGGCGCUGGGCGUGGAGCGCAGCCUGAGUGCCUACAAUGGGCUACUGCGGCUACUGCCCCGCGGGCCGUGGGUGCCACGAGGGCCCGUGCAGCGCCUGCUCUUCCCCUUCCCGCGGCAGCAGGAGUGCGGGCUGCAGGUGCUGGAGCAGAUGGAGAGAUACGGUGUGAUGCCGGAUGCCGAGACGCGGUUCCUGCUGCUGGGGGUGUUCGGGCCACGCAGCCGCCCGGUGAGGAAGGUGCAGAGGAUGAUGUUCUGGCUGCCCCGGUUCCGCCACCUGGACCCCCACCCGCUGCCCCCACAGCUGCCCCCACCUGGGCUGGCAACCGCACGCCUGGGGCUGCACCGAAUCGCCGGGGACCCCGGGGCCACCGUCACUGUCAUCCAGCGGCCCGUGCCGGACACAGGGGAGGAUGAAGGCUCUGUCCAGCCCUACAUUGUCAGCUCCCAGAGCCCGGAGCAGCGGGAGCUCCUGGCCCAGCACGACCCUUCCCGCCCGGUGUUCGUGGAGGGGCCGUUCCCGUUGUGGCUCCGUGGGACCCUCCUGAAAUACUUCGUGUUACGGGGGGACCCUCUGCCCCCACACCUGAGGGACCCCCCCCCAGACCCCGAGCGCAGCUUUUACUUCCCGCUGCACCUGGAUCUGGACCUGGAGCGCGGCCCCUGGGACGAUGAGGACUUUGAUGUGGACGAAGUGGAGGAAGGUCCCGUGUUCGCCCUGUGCAUGGCGGGAGCAGGUGACCGACACACCUUGGGCAGGUGGAUUUCGGGGCUGCAGGAGGAGAACCCGGUGUUGGGGUGCACCCCCGUUGUCUUCCGCCUCACUGAUGGGGGGGACCCCUCUGCUGACCCCCAUGAGCGCCCCCAGCCCCCACAGCUGGGCACGGGGACCCCCCCGGCAGCAGCGCUGGAACCCCCUGAGGGCCAGGAAGGGGGGAAGCGAGGGGGAGACCCCCCCAAAAAGCAGUGAGGA